CUAAAGAUGUAAGCCUUAACAAAAGCAAAUUUUAGUCACCAAUUUGAGGAAAUUGCCCACUAAUAAUGUCACAUUUAUUUGAACUAGAAAUCGUUAACCACACUUGUCCUUCUAAAUGUGUGAGGACCAUUCAGCGGCUAUAAGGCCUUAGAUAUACACACAGGUAAGCUUUUGUGUAUACCUAGAAUCCCGCACAUCAUAAUAAACACAGCUGCAUUUAUCUGAGUAUGUGUGAGGACCAUUCAGAGGCUAUAAGGCCUUAGAUGUCCACACAGAUAAGCUUGUGUGUAUACCUAGAAUCCCGCACAUCGUAAUAAGCACAGCUGCAUUUAUUUAAGUACAUGAUCCCAUGUACAUGUAAAAACAUUCCAACAAACACACUCAGCAGAUUUAUUUGAUCGUGCAAUAGGGCAAUUAUUCAAAUAAACAUGCUUGGUGCAAUUAUUUGAAUUGGACAAUGCAUGUUCAUCAGUCACAGCACUGAAAAAAAUAGAGGGGGGAAAACACCAAAGAAUUUACGUGGAAAAAAUAUAUAUAUAUGAGAAAACAACCUUAUUAUAGAUUUUAUAGGGUUAGCUAAAGUUAUGGCUCCCUUCUUAACUGUAACUAUUCUGCACUCAAAGACAUUUGUUUCUAAUGAUUCAUUAGUUCACUCACUUGAUUAUACCAGAAUGACCACAACAUUUAGAUUCAUAUAGUAGGAGACUUUACAAACCUGAAUUGGGUAGAGAUGAAAUCUCUAUGCUUCAAGUGCAGAGUAGUUCUUUCUAUAUAUCUUACCAAGAGGACACUGGGCACAUUAUCGUUCCUUUAAGUAACAAUCCCAUAAUAUCUUUUUUAAUUAUACAUGCAACAAAACAUUCCUACAUCUGAAAACAUAAAAAAAAGAUCACAGGUGACUCAUCUGAUCAUCUUAUAUACUAAUAAAUACUAUGACAUAUAUGUGAACACAUCACAAAUCAUGUAGGUGUAUGAGGAGGCAGCUUAUGCCUCUCUUAAGUAUGUACUGACAUAACCUAAUAUACUAAAAUGGGAAGGGGCUUUUAGUCACUGAAAUAUGCAUCAUGUAACAAAGAUGAAGAAAAAUACAUGGCUUGUGCCCACCAUAAAAAAAAAAGAGUUUCCGACUGAAGGCAUAGCUUGGUUUUUAUUCAAUUAAAUUGUUAAACUGUACACAGUGAUUUUUUUUUUUUUUAGAACUUGAGACAUUUGUGAUGUUGGCUGUUUAAAUCUUUGUUACCUUCGCUGUGAAUUGAAAUUGUACAUAUUUAGUAAAUCAUGCAGACAAAACAAACUUUUUAGACAAUAUUUUUAUUGGAGAGUUUUCUUUUCCUGUAUCCAUGUUUAAAAAAAAAAAAAAGACCUCCUUUCCCAAAAUAAAAAUGUCAAUACUAAAUUUAAAGAAGUAUAAAGGAAUGACUGCUUCCUUUAAAGCUAAAUAUUUAAAUAAACAUGGAGAUAAUUGGCAACAUGCUCUUUUGGGCUAAUAGGCCGUGUCCAAUUUUUUGGGUCGAUGUUUCAGAGGGCCUCUGUUUCAACCUUGAAGAUGAUAUAUUAGUCUCUGAAUUAAACAAGUGCUACUAAAUAACAGAAAUAAAUCCCUCAGUCUUCAUUUGUAUAAGAAAUAUGGAAUUAGAGAAGUGACACAGAGAUGAUAUGAUGCUGGAUAUUCCACAAAUUAAAACUUUAUUAAGACAGUUGCUACCAGCCAUAAUCUAGUAUGACAUGUUAAAAAAUCCUUCAAAAUAUUGAAAAUAGAAAAUGAACAUUACUAUCUCCCACUUCGCCUUGAAAUGAACAUGACAAAGAUUCUAAUAAUUCUAGUCAAAGAAAAUGAUGAGUGAAAAAUACAUGAAGAUUAAAGUAGUAACCAAUGAUCUUUGAAGUAUUCUAAUUGGUCUUUCUCUUGCAUAUCUUUGAUUCUACCAAAAUUGCAAAUCCUGAUGCUUCUGAUUUGUAAGUGCCCCCAGUCAGCUUUCUUCCUUUCACUCCACAGAAUAUGCCUAUUAAAUAUGGAAUGGUGAAUAAGCCCCCAAAAUGUUAAAAAUAGACUACUGCCCUGUCAGGAAAUUUAGCACCGGCAAUUACAUAACUCAGAAGGAACUGAUCUAACAUAAGGAAACACUCACAGUAAGAUAUGUGCAUUAUGAUCUUGUCCUGUCCAUUUUUAGAACCAUCAAUGGGAAGUAUGAGAGUGUGAGCAGGAGAGAGAAUAGGUUUGCUAACUUGAUGUACACUUGAAAGGCUAGUCCUAUUACAUAACAACAAUUAGUAAGAGAUGGAAGGAACCUGGAUGGAGUUUUUUUUUUUUUUUUUUUUUUAAGACUUCUACAAUUUGUUAUCUCAUGCAGUGGAAAAGAAAAAAGAAAAAGAGUUCCUAAAGAAACCAUCACAAAAAAAAAUCUAUAUAACUUAUAAAGUGUUCCAGCAGUCAAGUGGAGCAAGCAUUAAAUUAUCACCCUCUUUUUUAUGGGAAACUUAGAUUUUAGUUUCCUUUUCUUUAAAAGAGAAUCAGUUAUCCAUUCCUAAAACAGUAAUUAUAGGCUGCAAAGAAUUACAGUUAUAUUCCAUUCUACUUUUGUUUAGGAAAGAGGAAUACAGUCUUCAAGUUACUUAGGAAAAAAAAACAAAACAAGCAGAGAUGAAUUCAAGAAUAUAAAUUUAGAAAGGAAACUCAAGAACAUCCCUACACUCAUAGAAAACAUGAGGGUAUAUUUAGUGAUCACAAGCAACCUAGACCUUGGUUUUUACAUGUCUUCUGAAAAAUACCACUUCCAACACAAACAAUAUUUCCCAAACCCCUAGUGUAGCCUGGGACUGGAGCAAACACAAAGGGAGAACACUAGCUAUUGAAUAACCCUCAACCACUUCCUGUAGCCCUGAAACAUUCAGUGGAGGUCUACCACUUCAUUACUGAACAUGCUUAGAAAGUGUGAGCUCAUAGCUUUCUGGGUGUAGGUACCUCUAAGUGAGAGAAGAGAAAAGAGAAGUACACACCACCCUGGCCAACUUGCUUUAACUCUUACAUUACUCAAAUCAAUGAGCACAUCUAAGUAGAUACUUUUUUUUUUCCUUUUCUGCUAGAUAACAUUUAUUUACGUUAGCAAAGAAUAGCCCAUAAAAAGGGGGGGGAGGGGACUUUUCACUUACUUUACAGUAGUGAUGGAACAUCCAAAAAUUCUCAAAAUAAUAUUUCUAACCACAAUAGUCACUUGCUAUCUACACCCUUACUAUUCUAAUUUAAAAAGUGAACAUAGGAACAAUAGUUUGUACAAAUACUUUUCUAGGGAUUGUUAUGGUCCAUUAAAUCAGCCUUCACCUAUUAAUCAGCAUUAUAACUAUGUUAUAAAUUUCUUUGUAAUCUGACCGAGGUAUAUUAUAUUACUUUGUGUCUAUAUUGAAAUUAUCGAAAACAAUCUUGUUUCAAUUCCUCAACAAAAUACUCCUGUGGUGAACUUGCAAAAAAAAAAAAGUAUCCAAAUAAUCUCUUUUACUUUGUGAGAAUUGUGAUGGUUAUUAGGCUGGAGACACAGACUUCAGUGGAGGUAUGGUUGAUGCCUUAUACACACACACACUCACACAUAAAUUGGUAUGAAACUUACCCCUGAAAUCUUACAAUUUUGUAAACUGAUGUUAAAACACUAAUAAUAAAAAUAUUUUUAUUAUC